AUGGUACCAGAGCCGAGUCCGAGAGGAGAGGGCGGGAAGAGGGAGUGGGGAGGGGAGGCGGAUACUCAAAAUUAUCAGUUUAGAUAUUAUGUUAGAGACGAAAGCACAGGAGAUAUCAAAAGUCAAGAAGAAACAAAACAGGGAGGAACAGUUAAUGGUCACUAUUCCGUAGGUGAACCAACUGGAGAUCUCAGGGUUGUGACUUACACAGCUGACGAAGGUGGUUUCAGGGCAGACGUUAAGCAGGAUUCCGCCCCCGCUCACAAGGGGAAGUCAAAUCAGCAGUGGCUGCAAAAGAAUAUUCCAGAGUUCAUCUCUGCCUUGGAUUGGCCCUCAGGAAGCUCUGAUCUUAACCCACUAGGUUAUGGGCUUUGGUCCGAAUAUGAAGAAGGAGGAUCACCUGCUUCAGAAGAUAAAGCAAGACAAACAAAUUCUAAAUCUGGUGUUGAAUUUCAUUGGUUACCAGCAAAUCCGGAUGAUCUUCAAGAAGGCAAAAUAGGAACAGAAGAUACAAGUGAUGUUUCAGAAGGAAACCAAAGUGGUAUAGAAAGUACAACAAAUAUGAGUGAACAACCAUCUGAAUCUAAUUCUGAAGCAACAACUGAACAUACUUCCUCUACAGAAACAAACAGUGAAUCAUCCACGACUGAAGGUUCAGAAAUGGAUAUUGAAAUAGAAAAAGUAUCUAAAGAAAGUGAUUCAUCAUCUGAAACAUUUUCCACAGAAAGCAGUUCAGAGACUUCCAAUGCCAUCUCAGAAACCCCCCUGUCAAGUUCAGAAAGCACCAUAGCCUCAACUGAAUCCACAGAAAAUAGCAUGGAAACCAGUACAAUGUCUGCUAUUGAAGGAAAAGAUACAUUACAAACAGAUGAAGAAAGUAAAACAUCAACUGAAGAUGAACAAAGUGCAGAGGCUGCAGAGUCAGCUCCAUUGUCAGAAGAGGUUUUGCCACCUUUACAACCAAGUCAAAUGUAUCUUCCAGUGAUUUCUUACCAAAACUUACCAUUUUUAAAUCUUCCAAUGUUAGAUAAUACUCAAGGUUACAGUGAAAAACCACCUACAAUAAUUUAUGCAUCUCAAAACUUCUAUAAUCCCUGGCAAUGGUUUGGAAACAGUCGAAGAAUUGCAAGAGAUGUACAGCAACACGUAGAUCAACACAUACAUACAUCCACAAAGGGAUUUCAAUAUCCAGUUAUCCCCAGACAGUAUAAAUAAACAAUUUUUUUAUUUAUGAACAUUUGACUAACUUAUUAUUAUAACCAUAAUAUAUAUUUUUUUCAAUUUAAAAGAUAUUAAACAUCACUGGAUCUCAAACAAUCAAUGAUAUUAUAUACAUUUUCAACUAAUAAAAUUAAAUACUGUAAAUAAGGACACAAACAUAAGGGAGAUUAGAUCAAAUAUUUAAAAAAAUAUAUUAGAAAAUAAUAAAUUGAAAAUAUGGUACAAACAUUUCACACUUGAAAUAGAACCAAACCACAACACGUUUACCUGCAUUUACAAUUUACUUUAAUAUUAAGAGAUAUUAAAAUCUAAUAAGUGAUUAAUGUUUAUGCUCUAUAAAAUUGGGGAAAAAAAGAGAAAAAACGGAAACAUAUUUCUUACUAAAUUAAAAAAUGAAUUUAUAGCUGGACCUGAUAGAAUUUAAUGUUCUAUGAAUAAAUGUUCAUAAUUUGCCUUAGGCAUACAGACAAAAUUAAACAGAAAAUCUAGUUCACAAAAUAAGAAAUACACAAUUUAUUUCAUGUUAUGAAUAAUUUUAGUUUUUGCAUAUAUAGACUUUUGCUGUGUCGCUAUCUAUCAUUAAGAAGAUUAUACCUAUAACCGCACCAAUUUUGAUUUUUUAAUCAAAAUAAUUUUAAAAUUUGAAACAUUUAUUCAAAUGAUACAGUCAACAUUAUUUUUUAAUACUAUUAAUUAAAAGUGAUAAUGAAUAAUAUUAAAAUUAUUUUUCCUGCAGAAUCGUAUUAAAUCAACAAUACUAUAAAAGAGAAUCACUUACCAAACCCAUUCUAUGCACUAUAUCUUCACUAACAGGACACCAAAGUUUAAUUUUCUUAUAGAGGGGAUGCCUUUCAUAAUAACUGAUUAAUUCCACCAAACUUUCAAACUGGCAAGACCCAAUUGUAUAUAAACGACCCUCCAUUUUUAUACGACAAUGUUUUAUCUUUUUUUCAGCCCUAAGAAGAAAAAACAGAAAUAUGAUAUUAGUAUGAUCCAGGUCUACAAAAACAAUUACUAAAUAAAACAUAUUUUUGAACACUAAAACAUUGUUUGCUCAUUGAAUGCUAUUUAACAUUCGAUAAUCCAUCAUACAAAUAAUUAAUCACAAAAUCGUACCUAAAUGAAAUGGCAUAUGCAUUGUUAUCUUUAUCACUAGGGCGAACUAAAAAUGCACCAUCAUGAGGAACUCUUCUCAAUAACUCUUCUGCAUAAGACCGUGAAGCAUUAGGUAAAUACCAUUCUUUACCCUCAUGUGUUGUAGGCUGAGGUACAGGUUCAGUUAGUUUGAUUUGAAAUUCCUAAAUGCAAUACAAAUGCUAAGUCUUGGUAAAUAUAUAUAAACUAUUUUGAUUAAUUUGUGGAAAUAGAAUACAUUUAAAACACAACAGUAGUAAUAUAAAUCUAAUAAUAGUCAAGUCUUGAAAGUAAACGUAAAUGUAAUACUGAUACUUGGUAACAUUAAAAUUAAAAAAUGGAAGUUCAAUACAGGAAAACAAGUAUAAUAAAGUAUAUCUGAAUGUGAAACCCAAAAAUGUUAGGAAUUUUUCAGGAAUAUUAGCAAAUUACAAAUAUCAUUUACCCAUAGGAAAGUUGUAAUAAUAUUGCAUAAUUACACAACCAUGGGAAAACACUACCUCAUUCUCAGUUUUAUGAAUGACUCUAAACUACAAUAGACUAAUCAGAAAGUUAAUUUGGAGUAUAACAAGUACAGGUUACAAAACACAGACUGAAGACAACAUGAAUAUUCUUCUCAUUUAACAUACCUGACUUCUCAGCGGGUGUGACCUGUAGUGCGUAAUAAGUGUAUAGAGGCUAUCAAAGCAUGUACUAUCAAUCAACAUGAACUUUAUUUGACCCCUAUCCUGUUUGGACCUAAUUCGGCAAUGAUUCACUUUUCCUUGUCUCCUGGUGAGAAAAAAUAUAAUUAUACAGAAAGAUUAAGACUAGAUAGUUAAAAUCCUUUAUUCAAUGUAAAUAGAUAUUAUAUACUACAUACAUAAAAAAUAAAUACUUAUGAUAUGAAUAUUUUUCUUCAUUAUAUGCGUGUUUUAUUUAUUUAAAAGAAUUUGAUCCCAUUGAAUAAAGAAAUCACCUUUUUUAUUGCAUUUUCAUCAUACUUGAGUGUGAUAUAUGGAAAAAAAUUGUAAAUUUAACAUAUUGUAAAUUUGUAAAUACAUAAAUAUUGAAUUUAUAUACAAAUCCUAUUAAAGAUUGUGUAAGAACUUGUUACUAUGUAAAAUAAAUGAAUCUGUAAUAAUGUAAAUGUAUUUAAUUUUAUGAUAAAUUUAGCAAAGAAAUAUGUAAUAAUGUUUAUAAUAUUAAAGAAUAAUUGUAAAUAAUAGAUAAAUUAACGGGUUUCUAUUGGGCAAAAGGCAGUUAAGCAGAUUACAAAAAUACAACUGCACUAGUUCCAACUACAACUAUGUUUUGUAAUUAAUAGUUGGUGACCCACAACUAUUAUCUUCUAACUUCAAUAAAAGUAGUAGAUCACAACUAUAAUAACUUUAUCAACAAUAUAAAAUUUAAUUAAGAUUAUAUCAUUGGAAAUAGGAAAUAAAAUUUCACAAAUAAGCAUUACUUUGGAAAUAAUUAUUUCAAGAAAUAUUCCUUUAAUUUAUUUUUUAAAUGAAAUAUACCAACAGUACUUAGGUCUAAUUGACAUGUAUCACUUC